UUCCCCAUGACGAACUGAGUUGGCAGCCAGCAUACCGCUACCCCUUCACUUAUCUCGAGUGCGGGAGCGAGGGAAAGGUGCUAGGAAUGAAUGAAGGACUUACUGGUCUGCCAUACUUAGUAGACGGAAAUUAGCCUCAUGCCGCCUGCUGAGCCCGUCCCAAAUGCUCGUUGGAGCGCACCAAGAGCGUACAGCGCACAGCCUCCUGCCGCGCGCAAUGGUCUGACGAAAGGGACGGACACGCUGUCGGAUCCAAAACCCACCGUCACGCACCAUGCACCACAACAUGAACCUUCGCAUCCAUGGGUGGACGCGCGCCCUAGACCCCGACCAUGUCAUCCAAUCCGCUGGUCAUGUCAUCUAUGCCACUGGUGUUGGAGGAAGGACAUCACCAUGAUAUCAGCGUUGGGCUUUGAGGCGAAUUCGCCGGGUGUAUAAGAGCGGGUGGCCACUGCCGAUGGUUGUCAACUUCCCCACACCCCUGAACGACUUCAUACCUGGCAUCUAAGCACAUUACUACAACACGAUGACCGACA